ACUCCGCGUCUAUCGCCUCUCUUACGGCAGAAUGCGAGCUUGGUGGUGGUUUCUCCUCACUGCCCAGUUAGUACGAGGUGAUCCAGAAAGUUUCCAUGACUUCACAGAGAGUGAUGUCAACCAGGAAACCACAGAGGAGAGGGGAACUGAAAAAGAAAGUCCUAUUCAAGAUCCAGGUUUGAUUUUUACAAGAAGAAAAAGAAGUUCUGAAGAUGAAGAACGAGAAAAGAGACAACCAAAAUUCCACUCAUGGGGCGGUAAGAGGUACGGAGAUGAAGAGGAAGACAAUGAAGAUAGUUUUGAAUUUACGAGCUUAAACAAGCAAGAUUUAAAUAACGAAAACUCAUUUGAAUACGUACCAUUGUAUGUUCCAUUCAAUCUAACUAGUCUUAAAACAAAUUUCAAACAUAACAACUUGGAUGGGCAAUACAUAAAACGUAGUUUCGCAUUUACAAGCUGGGGAGGUAAACGAGACCCAGAGGUAGUUAAUGAGUUGGAAAAGAGACCAGAGUUCUCAGUUUUAAAACAAAGUUCGUUUGGACCAAGUACAUCAGAGUUAAAUGCCAAACGUUAUCCAGCAUUUAAUAGUUGGGCUGGCAAAAGGGCUGCUGCUUUCAACAGUUGGGGAGGAAAGAGAGCUGCUGCUUUCAACAGUUGGGGAGGAAAGAGAGCUGCUGCUUUCAAUAGUUGGGGAGGAAAGAGAGCUGCUGCUUUCAAUAGUUGGGGUGGGAAAAGAGAUGCUGCUUUCAACAGUUGGGGAGGAAAAAGAAUGCCUGCUUUUAACAGUUGGGGUGGAAAGAGAGCUGCUGCUUUCAACAGCUGGGGAGGAAAAAGAAUUCCUGCUUUUAACAGUUGGGGUGGAAAGAGAGCUGCUGCUUUCAAUAGUUGGGGAGGGAAAAGAGCUGCUGCUUUCAACAGCUGGGGAGGAAAGAGGGCACAAGACUUGGAAACAUGGCAAAGAGAAAAUCAGGACCACAUAAGCAACUUUGACAACAGUGCUAAAAAUAAUCAAUUCUAUGAUUUGGUUUCUUCAAAUCAUGUUAGGAACUAUGAUACUGAAUCUGACAUAAAUGAUUUAUUAUCUCAUGCUGAUGUUGAAGGCAACAAACAAACAAAACAGCUUUCAAACGAACAAUCAAAUGGCACAGAGGAAACAGAAUUGAAUAUUAAAAACGUGGAUGAAAAAAGAACUGCUCCAUUAAAUAGUUGGGCUAGCAAUCGUGAUGCUACUUUUAAUAGUUGGGGAGGCAAAAGAGGAGCAGCUUUCAAUAGCUGGGGAGGCAAGAGGACAGCUGCAUUCAAUAGCUGGGGAGGCAAGAGGGCAGCUGCAUUCAAUAGCUGGGGAGGCAAGAGGGCAGCUGCAUUCAAUAGCUGGGGAGGCAAAAGGAAAGCUGCAUUUAAUAGCUGGGGAGGCAAGAGGGCAGCUGCAGCAUUCAAUAGCUGGGGAGGCAAGAGGGCAGCUGCAGCAUUCAAUAGCUGGGGAGGCAAGAGAGCAGCUGCAUUCAAUAGUUGGGGAGGCAAGAGAGCAGCUCCAUUCAAUAGCUGGGGAGGAAAGAGGGCAGUUUCUUUUAAUAGCUGGGGUGGCAAAAGAGAUGAAUCCAUGAAUCCCCCAGGUGAAAACCCUAUGUUUUUGGGCUUAGAAAUGGAAAAUAAUGGUUCAGAUAUAAACAAUGAAUUGGAUAAAAAUGUAUAUGGAAACCCUCAGUUUCAAACACCUUUUUUAGAUCAAACUAGUACAUUAAAACAAAUUCUAGAUGGUGUUGUUAAACAAGGAGAAGAAUCAUUUAAAAUAAAAGAGAAUGAUGAGCAAAAUAUAAAUACUGCUGAAGGAGGUUCUGACAAUCACGAUUAUGACCUAGACUCAACUGUUAAAUAUGAUAACACAUUUUCAGAUAAUGGUUACAGUGAUGGCAAUGAUGAUAGUGAAUCAGUUCCCAAUAAACGAGGAGAAAAUGACCUUUUUAAAAUACAGCAACGAUACCCAGGAUUUUCAAGUUGGGCAGGAAAAAGGGAUCUUCAGAAUGAGAUUAAAGAAAAGAGAGCCAGUCCAGCUUUUUCUAGUUGGGCUGGAAAAAGGAGUCCUUUGUUCUCUGCUUGGUAUGGAAGUAAAAUACCAAUCGUACAAGUAUCAAAUGGAAAGCGGCGGCCAGCAUUUUCAAGUUGGGGAGGAAAAAGGAGUGAAAACUAUCAAAUGAAUGAAAAGGACACUUCAGAUUGUUCUUUGUCAGAUAUAAAUGAAGGGAAAAUAUGUCCAGGAGUGACUGAAGCUGAUUUAGAGAGUUUAGGUGAAAAUCAUGUCCAAUCAUCUGAAGGAAAAAACUUCAAGAGGAAAAAGAGAGAAGUUGACUGCAGCACUGAAAGUUCAACCAUAUAUAGUGCAAGCUCGUGUAGAGACAAAAGGUCAAACGGAAAUGUAAAGAAAAACAAGGUAAUUUCAAGAAUGCUAUUACAGGGUGGACUCACAUGGCCAUUGACGAUGAAAACAUUCCCUCGGAGCGUAGACUUCUAUGCUUGGGGAGGGAAAAGAUCUUUAUAACAACUAUCCCAUUAUCAAGUGAUCAUGGUUUUUGUAUAUAUAAGACUUACAUAUUUUUAUCACCUUGAGAACUACAAAGCAUAAUUUAUUUUUUAAUAAAAAAAACAAAUUGUAGAUAAACUUAUCCUUUACACAGGUGGGAACAUUUAAGCGAUUUUGAUCCCAGGAUUUCAUUAAUUACCUAACCCUUUUCCUUAUAUAAAUUAACAAACUAUUCAGAUAAGGUAAAAGUCUUGAUUUAAAUUGACAAAAGUUUGAUAAGUGCUAUUAUUUAAAAAAAUAAAAUGUACUAAUAACUGUCUCAUGUGUAUUAAUCACACAAUAUAAUAUUGGUGAAAACCGAUUUAUGUAUGAGAUUAAUAAACUGUAGUUGAUAUUUAGGUCCAUUGAUUGAGAUUUUGUUCAAAAAUUUCACAUGGAAAGCCUAAAAUUGUCUAAUUAAAAUAUUUACAUAUUACAUACUAUAAUGUUUGGUAUUUAUUAAAACUGUUACUAUACGUCACAGUUUACAAAAAAACAUUGAACAAACAAUUACAAUUUAACUAUAACAAUAUAAUUGCAAAAUAAAAUGUUCUAUAUCUUGUAUAACUUAGCGACUAUUUGUACCUAACUUUAUUGCUAAAAAUAAUCUACAUAUGACUUAAUUAAAAUAUUUAAUUACAUUACAGUACAAGCAAAAUCAUAAAAACACUAUCAUUUUCAAAAACAUGUAAGUCUGGGUAUGAAAGAUUCACUAACUUGAGCUAACAGUUUCCCCUGUGCCUAACAUCAAAGUAUUUAUUUCCCAUAGCAUACUGCAAAUAUAUAAACAUUUAAUAGAGCUUUUUUUGAAGUUCAGAGCCUCCUGGAGUCAGAUAUUGGUUAUCAAUGUUCACUAUAAAUAUAAUUUAUUACUUUUUACUUUAGCUACUUAUUUAUGCCUUUAAAGUUAAUUGCUUUGUAUCACAGCCAUUAUGAAAUUAAACGUAAUUAUUUUUAUACAGGAAAAUCAUUAUAUAUCUAAAUUGCCUUAUAUAUUAGUGAUACUGACAAGGCAUUUUUUCUACAUAGUUAUAAUUUAGUCACAGUUGUAAAACCAAACUAUUCUAUUAUAUCUGUAAAAUAUUAAUAAAAGUUAAUUUUAGAAUAAAGAUUGUGUAAUGUAUGUGAAAAAGCUGAUAUUUUAAAAUUUAUUACAUAGUACUUUAAAUGAAUUAUGAUGUAUACUUGGAAGUUUUAAUGAAGAAUUAAAUUGUGUAAUUAUAGUUUUCAUUUAAACAAUUAUAACAUGAAUCAAUUCUCAUGUGUUUUUAAUAGAAUCUAUUAAAUAAACACAUUUUAGAUUUAAAUAUGAUUAGAUUCUGUUAUUUUAGCAAUGUUUUAUUGUAGUAUUUUAACUACUACGAUAACAUCUCGAAUUUGUAACAAUGAGAACUAAAACUGUGCUCCAGUAUAACUUUAAGAAGACUUCUAUUAAACAGGAUAUAAUUGAGAUAUUGAGAUAAUUGAAUGCUCAAGAAAGAGAGGUUGUUUGAUCCUAAAAAUAAGUUGCCUUUUAGAUGUCUUUGAUUAUUCCUUAAGACUUCCUGUGUGACGUUAAUAUAAUUGUAUAUUAAGUUUAUGUUAUGUUUGCCUUGUUACUUGCUACAUGACUGUAUUUCUGUCACAUAAACGAAUAAAUACUGUAGCAAAUCAA